AAUAAUAUUCUUUUUGCAAAGUGGGUGUGACGCCUUUCUCUGUCGAAGGGUCUCAAAAAAUAGGUACUGUGUGCCCGAGGGUGGUGGGUGAGGACGGUGGUAUCGAGCGCGCAUCGCGUACACUUUUUGCUCUAUGUGAAGACCGGAGAGGUGACUCGUGAUUGAAAAUGUUUCUUUGAAGAGACGAGCUUGGCAUUAGCGGAAUUCUGGGCGAGUGAAUCCUUCACAGAUGUCAAAAACUCGUGCGUCGUAGCGGAGACGCAGGGGUUGGCCUUACCAACUGUCGCUUGAGCGAAGUGCCGUAAGAAUGUGUGUAGGCAGAGAAGGAAUUUUGUUCUUUUCCCGGCCACGUCACCACGCUGCUGAUACAAGUGGUCUGUACUCUUUGUCUGGGGCAGUUGUAGGCUGUCGGUUCUUAUGGAUAACCUCAAAGCGUCUAAAUGCGUUCUUUCGGACUUUCGGGAUCAUCUAGCUGCCAUUUUAUCGAAUGUGUCUGGAUUUUCGAUGUCCCAGUGCAGCGGUCUCAUAGAGGAUAGAUAUGAUGGUCAGCACGAAUUUUCUGUAGCGCUGCAAAAGCUACGCAUGCUCAAGCUUCAGGGUGACGUUUUGGAAAUUGGCAAGCAGUGGUUGGAGAACUUCGUAUUCGACGACUGGAUUACCGGAUGCGAUCUCGAAAUUAUCGGCGAGGGGAAGAAAGAGCGUUCGUAUUUGUUCUUCUCGUGCAACCGGCUCUUGCUGGCGGAGUUGGCACUGAAGCGAGUUUUCCUGGAAAAAGAAAACUACGGUGCUUCUAGUUUGUUUGAGGGGCAAAAAGUGUUGGUUGAAUUUAGCUCCCCCAACAUCGCAAAGCCUUUCCACGCCGGUCACCUGCGCUCCACGAUUAUCGGCAAUUUCAUCAACAACAUUUACAAGAAGAUGGGUGCAAACACCAUCACCAUGAACUAUUUAGGAGACUGGGGGAUGCAAUUCGGACUUUUGGCUUUGGGCUACGAGAGAUUCGGUUCUGAAGAGGAGCUCUCGAGAAACCCCAUUUACCACUUGUUUGACAUCUACGUCAAGGCGAACAAGGUCUGUGAGGAAGACUCCACCUUCAGAGACAGCGCUCGAGAGUAUUUCAAGGCGAUGGAAGAAGGAGACGAGGGAAAAUUGGCCUCCUGGCGCCGAUUUCGCGAACUUUCUAUCAGAGAAUACGAAAAGACCUACGAUCGUCUGAACGUCAAGUUUGACGUCUAUUCAGGGGAAAGCCAGGUGUGCGAUGGGAUUCCUGAAGUCUUGGACCUGCUCAAGGAAAAAAACCUGAUUGAGGAAUCCUCCAAUGGGGGUCUGUUUGUCAAUUUGAAAAAGUACAAACUCAACGUCGCGAUGGUACAAAAAUCCGACGGCGCAACUCUUUACAUAACCCGUGACAUCAGCGCCGCGAAGAAACGCUACGAUACCUACAAAUUCGACAAGUGUAUUUACGUCUCAGCUUCUCAGCAGGAUUACUACAUGCAGCAGCUGUUCAAAAUUCUUGAACUAAUGGAAUUUCCUUGGGCCUCAAAAUGUAUCCACAUCAACUAUGGGCUUGUGCUCGGUAUGUCGACUCGAAAGGGGACCGCCGUCUUCUUAGACCAGAUCCUCAACGAAUCUCGAGACAUCAUGCUCGAAAAGAUCCUCGAAAACAAAAUGGGGAAACUGGAAGAGAUAGAGGACCCAAAAAAGACGGCCGACAUCAUCGGGUUGAGCACAGUCAUCGUACAGGACCUAUCCGCUCAUCGGGCUCGAGACUAUUCGUUCGACUGGAAGCGCAUGACGAGAUCUGAAGGCUCCACCGGCGUAUACUUGCAGUACACUCAUGCGCGUCUGUGCAGCUUAGAAGACAAGACUUCCGACAUCACUCUGACGGACCAAAUCGACUAUAAAUUGCUUAUAGACAACACUUCUUUUCAACUUAUCUUGCAAAUUGCUCGAUAUCCCUCGGUCCUUUUAAACAGCGUCAACAGCCACGAGCCCUCUAUCCUGUUGACCUAUCUAUUCACCCUCGCCCACUGGAUAUCCACCGCCCACACCUCUCUGAAGGUUUUGCGAGUCGAACCAGAACUCGCCAAGGCGCGCAAGACGCUCUUCUGGUCGGCUCGCACGGUUCUGCACGACGGCCUUAAACUCAUCGGCGUCACCCCCCUCAUCCGCAUGUGAAUGCAGGCCGAGCACGGCGGUGGGCAUUAUCCAAGAAACUGCCGCGUCGGGCACCCCGCCCAUCGCCCAGUCACGAAAAUGUCAAAUGUAAAAGAGCUGCGAAAUUUUUUUUGUGAAAUACAAAAAAA